UCCCAUUCCCACAGUAAUUCCCAUUCCCAUUGGCAGGUGAUGAACGCGGUGAACUGCAGCCUGUUCUCGGCGGUGCGGGAGGAUUUCAAGGCUCUGAAGCCGCUGCUGUGGGACGCGGUGGACGAGGAGAUCUGUCUGGCCGAGUGUGACAUCUACAGCUACAACCCGGACCUGGACUCGGAUCCGUUCGGGGAGGACGGGAGCCUCUGGUCCUUCAACUACUUCUUCUACAACAAGAGGCUGAAGAGGAUCGUGUUCUUCACCUGCCGCUCCAUCAGGUGAGGCCUUCCCGGUAUUCCA